UACAUCGAAUGAGAACGAACUGGUAGAUACAGAUCUUAAUUAUUCGAAUUAUUCCAACAAGUCGUUAUAAAAUUAUUUACAUGAUCAUUUUCGUUAACAAACCCCAUUCAAAUUCCUAUGAGUAAAAAACGAUGUCGAAGUUUAUUUUGAUAAUUGUUCUAUCGUUUUUGGUUUCCUCAGAGGGAAAGAAGGUUCUUCAUUAUAAUAAAUUCGUUAACUGCCCGGAACAUAAAGAUUUGCCGAUCACCCUGACCUAUUUCAAACAACAUAAUUACGCCAAGAAUAACAGGACGUCAGAGAAAAAGUUCGAAAUCAAAAAAGAGAUAAAGGGAAACAUUGAAAUCAUUGCCAACAUGAUCAAAUGCGACGUAUCGGGUGCACCAGAUACUUGCGAAUAUGUCGUGAAGGAUUUCAAGGUAACCAGGGUUUGCGAAAGAAUGAAUGAGAAGGGACAAGUUUGGACACCGUUUAUAGAAGGUUUUAGUCCUCCGGUGGCUUGUCCGAUAAAGCCUGGCGAAUAUGUGACGGAGAAUACUGUGAAUGAAAACCAUGCACUCAGGUUCUUUCCAGUCCCUCAAGGAGUCUGGAAGGCCAGUGCCCUCAUGAGGAAUGAAGAGGAAAUAUUGGCUUGUUGUGAAAUUGAACUUAAAAUCUUAGAUGUCAGGAGAUCUUGA